AUGCGCCGUUUGAUCGACGAUAGUCAAGAUUCCUCUGACGAAAUGACCGAAUUGUUGAAAUCUCAAGGCGACGAUACAGUUAUCGAUGGCCGUGAGAGACCAGAUAUUACUAAUUUACCUGCUGUAGCAAUAAUACAGACAUCAGCAAAUGCGGAAAACAUUUCAUCGGAUGCUGCAGGGGCUUCUUCUAAUUCGCCAGUUGAAGUCAUCGAUUCACAGGAUCGAGACCAUACUCGAAGACAUCGGCGAGAUGGACAACCCGAAGAACAAAGACCAUUAAAUAAUGAACAUGAAGAAAUUUUUAAAUAUGGAGCAAGUCACGUUGUAAAAUUAUUUGUACCGGUAUCGUUAUGUAUGCUAAUUGUUAUUCUAACAAUUAAAACGACAAGUUCAUAUACACCUGGUGGUGCUACAUGGGCUUAUACACCAUUCACCGAAGAUAAACAAACAAAUACACAAAGAAUUUUAUUUUCAUUGGCAAAUACAUUUAUUUUCAUGGGUUUCGUUAUUACAGCUACUGUUAUUUUAAUUCUAUUGUAUAAAUUUAAAUGUUACAAGAUCAUUCAUGGAUGGUUGAUUUUAACAACAUUGAUGUUACUCUUCUUUUUUCUAUAUUCAUAUUUAAGUAGCAUAUCAGCAUCAUUGAAUCGGCCGAUUGAUAUGAUCACAAUAUGUUUUGUAACAUGGAAUAUAGGUGUUGUUGGUAUGUUUUGUAUACAUUGGAAAGGUCCUUUACGUAUCCAGCAAGCUUAUUUAAUUCUUAUGUCGGCUCUUUUGGCACUUGUUUUCUAUAAAUUUCUACCGGAAUGGACAGGUUGGCUAAUUCUUGGUGUUAUAUCAAUAUGGGAUCUAAUCGCUGUUCUGUGUCCAAGAGGUCCACUACGUAUUUUAGUUGAAACAGCACAAGAACGUGGUGAACCGAUAUUUCCAGCAUUAAUCUAUUCAUCUACAAUGGUUUAUAUGGUAACAGCCGUGGAUCCUCCUGGUGAACCACAAUUUUCACCAGAUAGUAUUAAUACAAAUAGUAUUGCUGUUAAUGUUGAUGAACCAUUAAGUGAAGAGCAAAGAGCCCAACGUGCAGAAAUAAGAAACAGUAAUGCACGACGUCAACUUAUUCCUCGAUCUGAUGUACCAGAAACUGAACGGCGACAAGAACCAGCCAGAUAUGUUGUUGAACGAUCAAAUUCACCUGUCAUUAACGAUGAUGAUGAUGAUGAAAAAGGUGUUAAACUUGGCUUAGGUGAUUUUAUAUUCUAUUCAAUUCUAUUAGCAAAAGCAUCAGCACUUGGCGAUUGGAAUGUAACCAUAGCAUGUUAUGUUUCAUUAUUGAUUGGUUUAUGUCUGACAUUACUUUUAUUAGCAAUUUUUCGUAAAGCGCUACCAGCUUUACCUAUAUCGAUUGCAUUUGGACUUAUCUUAUAUUUUUCGACUGUUCAUGUAAUCGGCCCAUUUAGUGCUGAAUUAAGUCUUGGUCAAGUUUUUAUUUGA